AUGCACAAGACAUCUGGCCAGAUUCGCGCCAUUAAGAAGAUCGACACCACCGACCUUUCUCCCAGGGAAGUUGCACAUGAGAUCGCCAUCAUGAGAUUCCUCCGGCAUGAGAACGUGGUCAGGUGCUAUGAUGUCUUCUUGGAGGGCCAGUACGUGCAUGUUGUCAUGGACAUGUUCAACGGUGGCGACCUUGUGGAUGGCCUCAAUGUCCAUCGCAGGGCCCACGGACGCCUGCCGAGCAGGCAGCUGCGGAACCUGGCCUCGCAGAUGUCACAAGCCAUCGCGCACGUGCAUGCGCUCCAAAUCAUCCACCGAGAUGUCAAGGGUGAGAACUUCCUGUCGGACCGGCCCAACAUUGGAGACCCUGCAGUCAAGGUGGGCGAUCGGUCAAGUGGGGUCAAGUGGUGA